UCACGAGUCACGACCCUUAUGGACUGCCUCUAAUGGCAUCAAUACAAGCCCUACUUUUGUUGUACACUUAUGCUGCUCAACGGUUUUUAAUUUCAAGUAAUAUCGGAUCGUAUUUUGCAUGACUUAAAACGUAAAAGGUUAAAGCAGGGGACGCAAAUGUUGCGCAGUCAUGAAACUUUGACCUUACAAUUUACAAACUCAGCAAUACUUUUCCAAAACGAUUUCAGGCAGCCGACCUUUGGACAGCUAUAAACGUACACUCUGACCCACUUUUCUCAGUUAAACGUGUUGUAGCUUCGGAUAAUCUUCUUAAUACUAUCCCUGUUUAGGACGUUAACCACCACGCCCGAGUAAACAAAGUACGGUUUCAACAAACGGGAUGAAACGGAGAUUGUUGUUAGUUUCCAACUCCACCCUACAUGGAGAGGGGUAUCUCCAGCAUUGCCAGCAGCACAUUCGAGAUUUUUUUGGAGAGAAAGUAACAAGAAUUUUAUUCAUUCCUUAUGCUUUGCAUGACAGAGAUGCUUAUGCCAAAACUGCAAGACAGAAAUUUCAAUGUCUGGGCUAUGAACUUGACAGCAUUCAUGAAGCACCCAACCCAGUGGACGCUGUGAGGAAGGCACAGGGGAUUUUCAUUGGUGGUGGCAACACUUUCCGGCUUUUGAAAACCCUUUACGACCAUAAUCUGGUGUCCGAGAUAAAGAAGAGAGUCCUUGAGGAUGGAGUCCCAUAUAUGGGGUCAAGUGCAGGUACUAAUGUGUCCACAGUCAGCAUCUGCACCACCAAUGACAUGCCUAUUGUGUGCCCACCCACUUUGACUGCCAUUGGGUUGGUGCCGUUUAACAUCAAUCCCCACUACCUGGACACAGACCCUAACAGCCGACACAUGGGGGAAACUCGUGAGCAGCGCAUCAUGCAGUAUCAUGAGGAACCAGACACUCCCUCUGUACUGGGUUUAAGAGAAGGGUCGGUAUUGCUUGUAGAAGGAAACAAAGCAACUCUCUUAGGAACCACAAACGCCUGUCUGUUUAUCAGAGGUAAGCCAGCUACACAGCAUGAACCUGGUGCGGAUUUCAGCUUUCUUCUGACUGAUACAAACUAAAAUUACGGAUGAAAAUCAAGAAACCGGAUCAUGAAAUAUUGUCUGUCCGGACUGAUGUUAAAAUAGUGCUAAAUUGUCAAGCAAAAUACAAAUAAAGCAAUCCAUACGUUUCAAUGUUAAGGAAAAAUGAAUAUUAACAUUGACAAUUCUUUGUAUUUUCCUAGAGAUUAACCAGUUAGUACCCAAUUUAUUUCUUCUUUACCGAAUCAAAGUAUGUAUGUGUGUGUGUGUGUGUAUAUAUAUAUAUAUAUAUAUAUAUAUAUAUAUAUAUCUGGUGCCCAAAGAGAGGUGUCCAGCAUAUUGGGCCCAAUAUGUGAGCAUACAAAGCAAAUACGAAUUACUCAUAUAUAAAUCAUAUAUACAUUUAAAACAAGAUACAACUUUACAAUGUUUAGUAUUUGGAAAGUGCAAAUAAAAUAGUUUUUCUUUUGUAAACAAUCAUGUUAUACAUAUAUGAAACAAAACACAGAUAAACAGACACUAAUUUAUAAAAACAAAAAAAAAAAGUUCAGUUCAUUUCUCAGUUAUUUGAAACAUAUUUAGUUUUUGAGCUCCAUUAAGGUGCCAUGUCCCAGCAGGAAUUGCAUUUAUACAUAGAAAAUAAAUUUCUCAAAAAUUCAGGUCACAGAAGAGUAUACAAACAGACGUCUUAAAAGAAACGCAACAAACAAGGGUGUGUAUACAGCGAGUGGCAAUUCAAGAACAGGCACUCCCUUUGCAAUGCUAGAGAGAAAAUUAUAUACGGCUGUACACCUUUAACAACGUAAUUGGACACUUCCAAUGUCUGUCACCAAAUUGAUGAAUUAUGGAUCAUUUAAUUGAAACAGAGGGCCACAGAGCAUUUUGCUAGACUAUGUUACGUGGUGAUGGGAAAUGCACCAAGAGAUGCCCAAAAACCUCCCAACACUACCUUGGCUUGAGGACACUGGUCAUGUCAUCAAACCUGUAAAUACUGGUAAAGUUUCAUAUCCCAGGAGAAAUGACAACGUCAUUUUAAUUUAUAAAAUGUUAAAAAAAAGCAGGUUUUCAGUCAACAGAAACACACGUCACAUUAAUCAGCUUUCACUGGCCAUGCCAUGUGGAAUCCAUCAGCAUGACUCCUCUGGGCUUGCUUUAGUGCCACCUGGUGGAUAUUAUGAAAACUACACUGAAAACUGAAACCUGAUUUUGACGGUCAAAAAAGAUUGUUAAUACCCUGGAUUCUCGUACCUUUAAGACAUACACCCAAGCAAUAUUGCAUAGAGGGCUGAAAACAAAGAUCAAUACAUUAGAUGAUUUACACAACUUUACAUAUUAUCAUUAUUUAAAAAAAAAAAAAAAAAAAAAUCAAAAAAGUUAAGUUUGUCAGCAUUGUGGCAUAUAAAAUUAAGUUUAUUAUAUACAUACACAAUUUAGUAAUUAUAUUACACAACAAAGUACAGGUACACAAAUGACAUCAUUCCUUAAUAUUACCCACUCCUAUUAAAAAAAAUGAGGCACAAUCUUAUUUAUUUAAAUUACAAGAAAAAAAGACAUAAGCAUUAUUUAAAAAAAAAAAAAAAAAAAAAUCACUCAAUUUUCAUACAAUAAUGUUCCAUCUUUAAAAAUGACACCGGUGUGAUAAAGUUGUAUAAAAAAUAUAAUGGUCUUGCAAUAUGGUUUGGGAUCUGUACUGAACAGCUGAUAACUACAUUUCAGAGGGUGAAUGAUAGAGCCAUUUGGGAAAAAUGAAGUUCCUAUGAACAAUACAAA